AUGUGGGAAUGUAUAGAUCUUGCAGUGGGUACACCAGAUGAUAUUCAAAUACGACGAGUCAUCUACGAUCUAUACCCCAAGAUGAAAUGUGUUUCGCCACUACAUCAUGAAUAUAUUACUGGAGGUCGAUGCGAAGGUUUUCUGUUUUAUUGGAAUGACCUUGAUGUAAUGAUUUCAGAAAUCAAAAUUUUACAAGAUAGAUUAAAUUACUGUAUCAAUAAAAAUUUCGAUAGCAGAAGUCAUGGACCAUGUAUUAGUACAAAUUUUCCACAAGGACACGAUAUGUGUUAUGGUUUACCUAUCAGUCCUAUUUCUUCAAAUCGGAUUUUGAGGAACUUCAAGACGAACUUCUGGAACAAUGUAAAAGAGGAAAUCCUGAAGCAAAACAAAAUUACUGUCGUGCAUUUUGUCCCUAAAGGUCCUAUGAAAGAUGAUAAAGGUAUUCAUUGGCUGAAAUCCUUUUCAAUUCUCGAAAAGCAUAUCGUCCGAUCAUUAAAUCACGUUCAGUUUUGUUGUUAUGGUCUUCUGAAAAUUGUUAUUCAUCACGAGAUUAAGUUGUGCAUAGAAACAUAUGACACACUGUGUUCAUACCAUUUGAAGACAGUUCUGUUUCAUGUAUUAGAAGAUAUCCAUGCCGAUUUUUGGAUUCCUAGUAAUAUAUUCCGGUGCUUUAUGAUAUGCAUAUCACGACUUUUGUUAUACGUAAAAAAAGGCGCGUGUCCAAAUUAUUUCAUACCAGACAGUAAUCUCUUUUUGAAAUCUGGAUUUAUGGAAAAAAGGCACCGAAUUGAGGAGAGGCUUCUCAAAGUUCUAAAAUAUAAACCCCUUGAUCUGGUAUGUAUGAUAAAACCGUUGUCCAUGGGAAAUAUUUUAAGUUUGGUACCAAAUGCUUCGCGAAAAUUUAAAAAGCUAAUGACAUUAUCUCGCGUAUUAAUUACUGUAAAAGGACAUCAGACAACAUAUCAUGAAUGCAUGUUAUCCAUUUUGAAUAUCAUCAAUGCUUUACAAAAUGAGAAAAGUGAUAUAAAAAAAGCAAUCCUAAUUUAUCUUUUUUUAAUCGUUAUGAGAAGAGCCGGAGUCAUUUUGUAUGAAAAAUUUGUACUUACUAGAAUAUACGAAUACCUUUUGUCAUCGGAGGCGGCUUUCUCUUUAGCAAGAUAUUCCAACGCAUCCGGAGCGCUCUAUUUAGCUACUUUAUAUUACUGUCAAAGGAAAUGUAGACAUGCAAUAAAGGUUAUAUCUGGUGUUCUCGCGAAAAUACCCGACAGUAUUCUGUUUUGUAUCUCAUACAGCAAUGCUCUGUUAAAAGAUUUAGCCAAGAGUUCAUUGACAGUAACUUAA